GCAACGUUUGGGAUAAUAUCAGUUUUUGGGUUAUUGAGACAGUGGUUGUCAUCUUUUUGGAAUUCUGGACCUUCUUAGGUUAAAUUAUAAUGCACUGCAAAAUAAAAUGAUGGCUACCUUCCAAUUUUUUCAUAAAACUUCUGAUGUGGGUUUUGAUACGCCGUGUAGCUGGUUUACACCGUAACACGUUCUUAGUGACGCAUAUUCACCUGUUUUAUUCCAUUUCCACGCUGCCCAUUUGGUUAUAAAUAGCUGUUAUCAUUUUGGGUUUCUUCAUUGCAGCACAUCUUCUGAGUCUUUGGCAUAUAGGUUGGGUUGUUGUCUAGUUCAGUGUUUCAACCUGAAGCAAUGAGCUAUACUCAACUUUCAGUGGGCUCAGGUAGUAGAACUGCUAGAAGGACAUUUGAGUUUGGAAGAACAUAUGUGGUUAGGCCAAAAGGCAGACAUCAGGCAACUAUAGUUUGGCUUCAUGGUCUCGGUGAUAAUGGUUCAAGCUGGUCCCAGCUCUUGGAAUGCCUCCCUCUUCCAAAUAUAAAAUGGAUUUGCCCAACUGCUCCCACUCGUUCAGUGGCUCUACUUGGUGGAUAUUCUUGCACUGCCUGGUUUGAUGUGGGAGAGCUUUCAGAAGAUGGUCCAGAUGAUUGGGAGGGUUUAGAUGCUUCAGCAGCACAUAUUGCAAACUUGCUGUCAACAGAGCCGGCUGAUGUUAAAGUUGGCAUUGGAGGCUUCAGCAUGGGUGCUGCAAUGGCACUUUAUUCUGGAACUUGCUGUGUUCUGGGCCGAUUUGGAAAUGGCAACCCUUAUCCUGUCAACCUAAGGGCAGUUGUUGGACUGAGUGGCUGGCUUCCGGGUUCAAGGGGGCUAAAGAACAAAGUAGAAAGGUCACAUGAAGCUGCAAGGCGUGCUGCAUCAUUGCCUGUUUUGCUCCUUCACGGAACUGGUGAUGAUGUUGUCCAGCAUAAAUAUGGAGAGAAAUCUGCCAAUUCCUUAACUAUGGCAGGAUUCCGAACCCUCACAUUCAAAUCCUAUGACGGGCUUGGUCACUAUACAGUUCCUAGAGAGAUGGAUGAGGUCAGCAAUUGGCUUACUACAAGGUUGGGACUUGGGGGGUCUCGCACAUAACAGCAGCACAGAAUAAGACCUAGUCAUGGACCUGGUGGAGGGAGAAGAGGGAAGUGAGAAUGGUUAAACAGAAAAACUGCAUGUCUAGAAGUAGUUAAGUUAGUUGCUAACUCCAUGGGUUGUGGAGUACAUGGUAUAGUUGAGUAAACUUUACUAGACCCCUUCUUGGUAAAAUAAAAUUUUGUAAGCUUUUAAAUUUAUAAUGAAGAAGGUUAAUGGUAAUGACUCUAGGCACUGUGGUAUUUAAACUAAUAUCUAGUGGAUUUGGCUUCAAGCUUUAUCAUCUCUUUGUCUCUUUAAGCAGCAUCUCAUUCUGGCUUCUUAGUUAUAAACUAGUUUAUGUUUG